AUGAGGGCAACGUGCGCAUCGGGCCCGCUGGACGUGCUGCUGCUGGGCGACUCGAUCACCGAGCGGUGGCUGCGGCCGGGCCUGGCGUCGGAUGACUCGAAUUUUAUGCAGCGAGACGGCGGAGACCUUCUGGCUGCCUUUGGGCCCCAGCGGCGCGUCGCGGUGGCCGCCAUCGGCGGAGACAAGACCACCGACAUGCUCUGGCGCCUCCGCGCGGGAGGCCUAGGCGAGGCCGUGAAGCAGUGCGCUCCACGGGCCGUGCACGUCCUCCUGGGCACCAACGACCUCGGCACGGGAGCCGCCCCCGCAGAGGCGGGGGAGUCCUACCGCCAGCUCGUGGGCGAGCUCCUCGGCCUGCGGCCGGAUGCCCAGCUGACGCUGCAGCUGAUCAUGCCGCGCGGCUUCCGCGGCAUAGGCGAGCGCCGUGCCCCGAAGCCGCAGGGCUUGACGAGCCUGAGGUGGGCGGCGUGCCCCAGUGCGGGGAGCCUGCACCCGCGCGAGAUCGACCCAGACUCGGACCCGGCCUGCGCUGUGCUCUUCUGGCCGGUGAGCGAGUUGAACAGGAUGAUCGGCCGCCUGGCGUCCGAGCACGGCGCCGCGGGCCACGACGUGGGGGCCCUGGACUGCACGAGGGCGGCG